AUGGCCCACUCGCACAACCCUGAUGUGCCGGUGGGGGAGGAAGAGCUCGACGCUUCCUUCUCUGUGGAUUCUUUCUUUGCAGACGAGCCAGAGGCUCUUGCUGGUCCCUCUGCUCCUCCCCCUGCCAAUAAGUUGUGCGUUGAGGGCUCUUACUCAGCCCCGCUAGCUCCUGCCAGUGGUCACCGAGCCCCGUUGGCUCGCGGCAACUCUGUUCCCCCAUCUCCCCGGCUCGCUGCUGCCUCGCAGCAGACGAGGUGGCCCACUGUCUGCCAUGUCGGACUUUUAAAUGUCGGUGCUUUCCCUGGGGGGGCAAGCUCUUUGAUUCUUCCUUCCACUCUCUAUCUGUGCUUUCCCUUUUUGGAUCUGCCCGUGUCUCUGCUGACAGGGAAACUCGUCGACCAGAACCCCACCGUGCACGCUUUCAAGAAGGACCCUGGUCUCCUGUACAUAGGACUCGAGGGGGACGUCGAGGCCUGGACCUGUGCAGUGUGCUCUUUCUGCUGCGGCUGGGCACUCGACAGUGUUAUGCAGCACCUCAAAACUCCUGCUCACCAGAGCCAUUUGCUGGACACCGUCAAGAAGGCAGCUCCCAUUGUGGAGUUGGGGGACACCCCGGCUCACCUGUCUGUCCAGAGGGGAGCCUUUGCAAAGUUUCUGACUGAGGAGGUGUGA